GACGCUAAAGCGUGUUUUCAAUCUGAUCAGUUGAUACAUUUGAGGAGAAAGAGAUGAUGUCGUGUGUAGUAGACGCAGAGUAUUUGAAGGAGAUAGAAAAGGCUCGUCGAGAUCUUCGAGCUCUCAUCUCCAACAAACAUUGUGCUCCUAUCAUGCUUCGCUUAGCAUGGCACGAUGCAGGGACUUAUGAUGCAAAGACAAAGACUGGAGGCCCAAAUGGAUCUAUUAGGAAUGAGGAAGAGUACAAGCACGCAGCAAAUAAUGGUUUGAAAAUAGCAAUUGAUCUAUGCGAAGAAGUGAAGGCCAAACAUCCAAGAAUUACAUAUGCUGAUCUCUAUCAGCUUGCUGGAGUUGUUGCAGUUGAGGUGACAGGAGGCCCUACUAUUGAUUUUGUACCUGGAAGGAUGGAUUCAAAUGUGUCGCCUAAUGAAGGACGUCUUCCUGAUGCCAAGCAAGGUCCAUCACAUCUCAGGGAUGUCUUCUAUCGGAUGGGCUUAUCUGACAAGGAUAUAGUGGCGCUUUCUGGUGGUCACACUUUGGGGAAGGCACAUCCAGAGAGGUCUGGAUUCGAUGAAAAACCUUGGACCAGAGAGCCUUUAAAGUUUGACAACUCUUAUUUUGUGGAACUUCUAAAAGGAGAUACAUAUGGACUAUUGAAACUUCCAACUGACAAAGCUUUAGUAGAGGACCCAAAGUUUCGCAGCUAUGUUGAACUUUAUGCAAAGGAUGAAGAGGCUUUCUUUAAAGACUAUGCUGAAUCACACAAGAAACUUUCAGAGUUGGGCUUUAACCCUCCAUGUUCUUUGAAAAUAAAGAAGGCUUCAUUAUUGGCACAAAGUGCUGUUGGCGUCGCUGUUGCUGCUACUGUGGCCAUUCUCGGUUACUUAUACGAGAGUAAAUGCAAAUAGAUAAAUAAUUAUAAAAUAAUAAUAAUAAUAAUAAUAAUAAUAAUAAGGCAACUGAUGAUGUAUGGCAGGAAAGAUGAUUUGGGAAACACAAACACUUCUGAUGAUUUGCAAUCAUAAAUAGAAAGUGAUACAUUGGCAUUGCUUAUA